AUGGCUUCCUCGAAGAUCCUACAGGCAUUUGCCCUGGCACUUGCGGUGAUUGUCCAUUGGGCAGCGGAGCCUGAGGAGCUUCCCUCCCAGGGCGAGUGCCAAGGAGGUCAACUUCCUGCUGGUUGCCGCACAGGACGCCUGCGAGACUUCGACUGGCAGACGUAUUUGGGCCUGCUUUGCAGUGAGCUUCCGCGCUCUCUUGCACACCAGGCGAUCCUCCAGGCCCUGGCCAGUUUCGACGCAGACAAUGCUCGGGCUUGCCCUGAGGGCUUUGCUGUCUCAAUGUUGGCCCUCUAUGCUACAGGAGCAUCCGAAUUUGAAGACCAAGUCAUUCGAUUCAAGCCAGACGGCUCAUCCCACUUCUUGGUUCUUGCCUGGAAAUUUGAGAGAGGACGGGCAGUCUUGGACCAUUGGUCAACUUCGCUUCCUGCAACCGUCCCGCUAGCGCCACCGUGGCCAAGCUGGAACUUCCCUGGACCUCUCAAGCACCUACAGCAGGCGCAAGACCUGUCUCAGCUCAAGGAGUUGCCUCCCUCUCUGCGGUGCGAUGAGCAAUCUCUGGCAUCGAUUGGCUGCUCCGAAGAAACCCCACUGCUCCAGGCCUUGUGCUCACGCUGCGAGACCAAUUUGCCAUGCACGUACGACGAAGGCCUUUUGCAACUCUUGUCGCGAGCGGUGGAGGCCGUGCCGAAGUCUCGGAGGCCCCUGUGCGGGCACGCGCUCUUGGCGGCCUUGCUAGCCUUGAAUGGUCGCCGGUCAACAGCUGCGGUUCGCACGGACCCGGAGCUCUACCGAGUGGGCACUCCCCACAAGUUGGUUAUGCACAGCACCUUCAAGCGGGUGGCACAGGAUCCAGAGAAAAUGUUUGCUUUCAACAUUCCCCUGAUGGACCUGUCGCCGUUUCCUUUCCACACAUCUCUUCUCCGCAGCGCUCGGUCAGAGCGGCCCAAAAGCCUGUACCAGGAUACAAUCAAGGCGGUUUCCCGGUCUCUCGAGCGCCGUGGCCUGGGCCAUGUUGUAGUGCCUGGAGAUGCUUCGAUAAUGUCAUCAAAGACAGAUGGGGUUUGGUCCAUCUUUCUGCCAGCCUUGAGCAUGCUGCAAGCGCAUCCGAAGGACUGGCUUGAGGCCGACCUCAACCGUGAGCUGCUCGGACUCUGGCGGCUGGUCCAGGUGUCCGGAGGCCUAUGGCAGAUCGGCGAGGAGCCGUACCGUUUCAGCCCAAGAGCUGGGAUGGCUUUCCGCACCUUCUGCCCACACUGCGUCUAUGUGUCAUUGUACCUCUAUGUACAGGAGGAGGUGGGGCAGUCCGUCUUUCCACUAUCCCAUUGGAUGCCUUGCAAGCUUGCGUUUGCUCGCCUUUUUCCUGUACAGCGCAAGGAAGAGCUGCCCUUGGCCGCCGAUUUGGCUUGGCUGCGCAGGGCCGGUUCUGUGGCAACAAAUGCCGGUUGCAAAGAGGAGAGGACGAGGCUCAUCGGAGUAUUGCCACGAAGCGUGCAAUUGGGCGAGGAUCUGUGGGAAGACGAUAUAAAUGAUGCUGUGAUGCCAGCGUUUGACUUAGCCGAUGGGAUUCAUCCUGAUCUUGGCCUCUUCGACCUCAUGCGACAGCGAGAGGACAGUGAAUCGCCUGGGUUGCAUCGCUUCUCAGAUAAGGUGCUUUUCAAAGCAUGGAUGCUUCAAGAGGCGAUUCCCAUUGCGCAGAUCUUCCACAUGUCAAACGAGUCCCCGGAUGUGCUUGCAGCACUGGGGAGUUUGAAGACGCAGCGCUUCGUGGCUAAGCCCACUCAUCUGGCCGCGACAAGCUACGUGUAUGCGAUGAAGGAUGGCAUUAACCUGGUGAGCGGCCAAAGCUUGAGCCAUGAGGCGAUCAACUCUGGCUUGCGAGAGGCAUGGAAUGAAAGGCAUGUGGACGACUGGGCAACAGAAUCAACUCGGCCUGGUGUGCUCAUUGAGGAGUUGGUUGAGAGCUCGGAGAGACAUGGCACUCCCGACGAGUUGAAGUGCCAGACAUUUUGGGGGAAGCUGUUCUUUUGUGAAUGGACAUUUGUCCAGAACAUGUCUUCGGGUGACGAGGGCUCUGCCCGCUUCGAUGAUGCGCACCAGCAGGGUGACCGAGCUCAGCCUGCUUUGGGACACCAGGCAUGUGGAAUUCCGAACUUUGCCUCAAACGGAUACAUCUUCCGGGACGGCAGCUGUCUUGACUGCGUCGCACCGCCUCCACUGACGGGCGAGGCUUGGAAGCGAAUGGUGUCGACGAUUGAAACGAUUGCACGCGGCAGCGACCACAUCCGCAUCGAUGUGUUCGUGCCAGGAGGUGGCCGGUUUCUUGUGAACGAGGCCAACAUCAGCUUCUUGAAGAUUUCUCAGUUCCCAGCGGAACUUGUCGAGGAGAUGCCCGAUCCCAAGGAGUGGCGCAGCUUCUUGGCUCCGGGUUUCGGCGCAGGAAAGACCAAAGGCAGAAUACAGGACGCUUUCGUGCCAGACUCUCGUGACUACUCCAAGGAGGAGCUCCUGGCAACGCUCUUCACGCAGCCGCGGAAUGCAAAAGGUGUCCCGCCACCGCUGGGCUCGCUGCCUUUCCCGCGCGACCUGUUUUCGACUACGAUGCGCGAAGACUUCCGCGUCGACAGAUUGGGUCAUGCCGUGCAGCAUCAGAGGCAUCACGGUGGCUUACCAGCACCAACCGUCCUUGAGGAUAGCUGGGCGCGUGGCUGGCGGAGCACCCAUGUCUGGACGGGGCGGAAGAAGGGCCUUAAUGCACAAUAUGCAGACGGUGUCCGGAGCCGAAAGAGUCUGCCACGAGUGAUCGCCAUCCCGGGAUUGGCAGCCAUAGCCAUGCGUGGUGAGAAGGAAAGUUCCAUUGGCUCUCAAGAAGUGCUGCGUCAAGCUCAAUGCUUCGCAGCACUGGCUAGCGAGCGGUGGUUUCUGGCCGUCAUCUCGAUGGCUUUAGCGGUGAACUGGGAGGCCUUGGUCAGGCACUACCGUGCCUGGCAAAGACAGCACGGCGUCUUUACUCUUACUGGAAGGGAGGCAGGGAGCCAGCGGCUUCAAUCCGUAAAGUUCCCCGACCUUUCAAUCGCCGGUCAGCGUAGGCUCGCCGAGGAUCAAUUUAAUUGCCUCACUUCCUCGGCAGCCCGGGGCGCAACAUUGGUCGUCGCCGAUUCCUCCAAAAGCGAAGUUUACGGCAAAGGUCCGAAGAUCUCCCGAUCCAGCUUGAUUUUAGCAGUGCCUGGUAAUGCGAUGCAAGCUCAGACUGUCGUGCUGGGGAAAUGGGAAGCGGAGAGCGAUCCGACCACUUCUCCCAGAAGGUGUGUCGACCCUAGAGGGCGGCACCACUGCGGUCCCAAGCAAUAUAUCGGCAAGACACCGGAGCAGAUCGUGGAGCAGUUCAAGGACCCCGCGACCUUUCCGUGGUAUCAAGUUCCCGAGCCGUUGAGACAACGCCGCUUUGAGGUGCUCUGGCAGAUGGCUCACCGCUGUGGCUAUCGCUCAGCGCUGGAGGCGGUGAAGCUUCUCACCAAUCCUGCUCACGAUGGGCGUCCUGAGGCACCUGCAGCGGGUGAACCAGGUCGACCACAGCGUCUUCAACGUUCCCAGCUUCGAGCUCUGAGAAGUGGCACCGAUGCGGUGCCUGCGUACGGCAAAGGCAUAGAUGCGCUUCUGUUGGUCGCUUUGCUCACUGCUUGGGACUUGCUUUCCGUUGAUGUCUCUAUCAUGAAGGCCCUCGAACCGCACCGGACACCGAGUGAAGCAACCAUGCUCGCCAUCAAGUUUCGCGAUCUGCAUCUUGGCCCUCUUGCAGAGAGCGUGGCCAUCAGCAUGGAGAUUUGCAGGCAACCAGCCGUGUUCAGCCCAGCUGCGACUGGUAAAGCUGUGCCUGAUCAGUAUGGAGAUGGAGCUGCCUAA